AUGGUUGCCCGAUGGCACUUGGGCCGACUAUGGUCACAAUUCAUUUAUGAUUAUCCUGUGCCAGUAUUCGUGAUCUCAAUUCUUCUCACAUCUGUCCUUCCAUUGAUCAGUCUUUACUUCAAUCGGGUGCUUUUGUCCGAAAACGCUGAAGUGGGCUUUGACACAUCGAACACCGAAUAUUCGGGACAACGACAGGCCUGGAAGAAGCUUUCAUAUAUCCUGCAAUCAACGAACAGAGUACAACUUGGUCAAACAAAUUCCUCAUCAAACACUACAGUGGUGAGCAGAAAAAGAAGAGAUCUCUCGUUGGCUGAUGAAUAUUUUCCUGAUGAUCAAUUCAUUUCCACAACUGAUCUCACAAGUAGAAUUGAGGCGAUUCAGAAGUCUCAAAUUAGCCGAAUUCGAAGACGGCGAGGAUGGACAGAAAAUCUCGUCUCAGCAUUUACAAACGUUCCUUGUUAUGAGGCACCAUUACCAUUGAUGAAUCAUCUCUCCCAACUCGUUGUUGAGGUACCCGGUUAUGAAGCGAUUUGGGAUCUGAGUUUCUUGAAGAAACUUUGCGGCUUGCAUCAUGGAAUCGCCGAUGCGGUGAAACCGUUUGAGAGCUAUACACCUUACAGGAAUGUCUACAGUUUGGCUAAUUCCUUUGCCUGUUUGUCUCCAAAUUUUCUUGUCAAUUGCACCGAGUUGACGCCGGCUGAUGUGAAUGUGGUGAGAAAUCUCGUUGAUUUCUGCUUACCUCAUCGUCGGAAGAUCAUCGAUUGCCGCUUGACUUGUGGAGAUAACUGUACAGACAGUUCUUGUCCGGAAAUCCCGCAGAAUUGCUCAACAGCAAUGAUGAGUGAUCUCUUCUAUCGAAUAUUACCGACAAAUAUCCAUGCGAGACCACUCUAUGUCAACACCUUUUUGCCAGUUUUCACAAGAAUGGGCUACGCAACACAAAACAUUUGGUUACCCUUGGUGCAUUACGAUCAACUAGAAGUGGCAAUUACAAAUUAUACAAGCACUGUUGGAUUAGAGAUGAAAGGACUUCUAAUGGAAUUGAAACGUGAUCGUCUUCUAUCAGCUGCAAUCAAAGAUUCGUUUUAUUCCUUUUUGGCCGCCUUUCUUGUCAUGUUUUGUGUGGCUCUUCAUUCAAGAAGUGUCCUCUUUUCAGUGGCUGUCCAAGUGCAGCUACUACUAUCAGUGCUUUGUGCUCUAUCAAUCUAUGCGCUUUUCACUCCCGAUUUCCCUCUUCUCAAUCUCGUCAUUUUUGUCUUAUUGAUCGCUGUUGGAUCAGAUGAUGCUUUUCUUCUUCAUUCACAUUUCCCAGAACAGCUCAACGAGGAAAAUUUCCAUGAGGCUCUUGCUCACACCGCCUCCACGAUGUUCUUAACCUCAGCCUCCACAGCUGUGCCAUUCUUUGUCAAUAUUUGGUCAAAUGUCAUUGUUUUCAGAUGUUUUGGUUUAUUUGCCGGUUUAACGAUGAUCAUCAAUUUCCUGCUGGUCAUCUCAUAUCUACCCGCUUAUCUCAUCAUUCAGAAAAGAUAUUUUUCUUGUUUACCCAAACUUCCCGAUGUUUCUCGUUUUUGUUCAUCCUCAUUAAAAGUGGUUUUUCCUCAAGUUCUGAUACAAGGUCGUCUUCUGUGGUUGGCCUCUCUCUCCAUGCUCGUUGUCUCUUGUUUUUACGUGACACUCCAAUAUUUCUCUCUCCCCAAAUACAAUCCACUGCAGCUUUUCAGAGCUGAUAAUCCACAUGAAUGGUACGAUAACCAUGCUCAACCUUUAUUCGAGUUUGUGGAGGCAAAAAUCGCGAUUCCUCUGCAUGCUCGACUUGUCUGGGGGAUUAAACCAGUUCAACAGCCGGCUAUGUUCCGUGAAUUGACCGAUCCACCCUUACAAGAUGAUCGAUCGUUUUCGAUGGCUACCGUACCCGAUGUUAAAAAGUUGGCAAGAACUUUAGCAAGAAUCCGAGCGUUGCCUUUUGUCGAGCAUCCGCAUCCAUAUUGGCCUGAGCAAUUCUUAAGUUGGAGCAAUCGUUAUGUCUGCAAUGAUGGACUCCUUUGUUGUAAUAUUUCUUCUCCACUUUUCACCAAUUCCUAUCUCGAUUAUUGUCUACGUAACUCAACUUCUUAUAUUUUCACUCAAUACAACGAUACUCCAAUCUUUGAUGCAAACGAUUUUCGGCUAAUUGGAUACACCGCACUAUUGCCAACAAAACUACGAUAUGCUCAUGUUUUCAAAAAUCUCUCAAUGUCAUUUGCUCAAUUCGAUGAUGGGUUGAGAUUGGAAAAUGGAGGAUGGUACACAACGGAAUGGUACUUGAUGUCAACUUGGUUCGACUUACAGAGAUCAAUUGUAAUUGAUUGUAAGAGUAGUGUGAUCAUUUCACUCAUUGUUGUCUCAUUGAUGGCUUUGGCUGUUCUGCGGUGGCAAGCAUUUGCUUGUCUUCUCUGUAUCUGUGCAAUCAUCAUUGUCUCUGUGGGAGUUGUCGUCCUUCUCGGAUGGGUACUCGGGGUCCUCGAAGCAGUGAUUCUUGUCUUGAUCGUCGGUCUUUCCUUUGAUUUCACCCUGCAUUUCGGUGCUUCUCUUCCUCCAAUCGGCUGUCCAAAUCAUCGUGUUGAAAAGGCAUCAAUCCUUUCAGUGGCACCCGUUUCCCUAGCCGCACUCUCAUCGAUUAUUGCUGGAGUUCCGAUGCUUCUCUGCAAGACUCAUGCGUUCUUUCAGGUUGGCGUUUUCUUGGUCGUUUCGAUGUCCGUUUCAUGGUUAUUCGCGAAUUUCUUCUUCCUUCCAUUGCUCACUUUCACUCUUUCGCGGAGACAAAAAUGUGAUCUUUGCGAUCAAAAGGAUUUCCAAAUGGUGCCCAAAUUU